AUGCUCACGUUAUUCAAGCCGAAAGAAGACAGCUGCUCUAGCGACAUACAUACACCUGCACCACAUUGAAAAUAUACGUUUACACCGUGCCGUACUUAACGCGCGGACGGCAAGUCCGGGCAUCUCGUGUGACGACCGCGCGCCGAGAGUUGCAGGUAUACGUACGGGUUCUGCCGCUUUUCUGGUAAAACUCGGCUUUUUCGAACCCUUCAAGGCAAACCGGGCAGCAGCGCAGGUGUACCUCCCCCUCGAAAUUCACACGCGAACGUUCCUGACCAGUCUGACAUGCCCGUCGUCGACGUCCGCAUCCCCAAUGGUCCACUGUACCAGGACAUGGACGGCGUCCUAAGGCUGAGCCGAAACUUCACGGUCGAAAUGCUGCGCUCUGCGCUCAGCUACAAGCCUCAGCCGGACGACAAGUUCGUCGUCACCUUUCCCAAGUGCGGAACGACGUGGACUCAGCACAUCGGCUUCCUGAUCUUCAACAAGGGCGUGCCUCCGUCCAGUGGGCUGGAAUUCUUUCACAGAAGCCCCUUCAUCGAGAUGAUCGGCGCCAGCAGCGUGACGGACAUGACGCGACCAGGAGUGAUCAAGACCCACCUACCGUACCAUCUGAUGCCCAUGCAUCCACAGGCAAAGUACCUCUACGUCUGCCGCAAUCCUAAGGACACCUGCGUGUCCAUGUACUACCACACGAAGGGUUUCACAGGAUACGAUUUUGCGGACGGCAAGUUCGACGACUUCUUCGAGGUCUUCGUCACCGGCCAGACGGACUACGGGGACUACUUCGAUCACGUCCUGGGUUGGUACGAGCACCGCAACGACCCGAACGUCCUCUUCCUGCACUACGAGGACAUGAAGGCACAGCCGAGAGAGGGCGUGCUUCGAAUCGCAGAGUUCUUCGACGAGACGUACCACAAGCUGUUGCUGGAAAACGAGGACAUACUGCAGAAUGUGAUCAAGUACAGCGACGUUAAGUCUAUGCAGGACUACGCCUCGCGGAACUUCACAAACUUCUUCACGAAACAGAUUGAGAAAGAGGCGCCCGAUGGUCUCAGGGUCUUCCACGAGGUGUCGCAGAAGAAUCCUUCCACUGCCAGCUUCAUUCGUAAGGGUAUCGUCGGUGACUGGAAAAAUCAUUUUUCUCCAGAACAAAACGCAAGGCUGGAAAAGAAGAUUCUAGAGCGACUGUCAAAUACAGACUUGGUUGACACGUGGCGAAAACACGCUGUCAUGUAAUC